AUGGUCACGAUACGUGAACCGGCCAGAGCUCACCACGUAUAUCCCAAUGGCGGAAGGAUUAGUGGACGCCAGGCCAGCUCACCCAAACAGACAACACUCGAGUAUGCAGCGCUCGUCCGAGCAUUUACCACUCGUAUGCGACGAAAUAUUGGUACGCUAGUUAUGGAGUAUCCGUACGCCCGGAACACCUACUGGCAGAUCACCGCAAAAGACGAACCCCUUAGGGAGAACAGGGAACCCGUCGCUGCGCAAGCAGACGCCAAUACUCCUGCUGCAGAGGAAUGGGCAAUACCAACAUCACAAAGAGAAGAAGGCACACCACAGCAGCCUACGAGCGGCCUAGAAAUACUAGCAACAACGCAAUCCCAGGAGACAGUUAUGGUGACGGAGAAUGUCACCGACGUGGAGACCACUGAGCCCGCGCCAGCCGAAGCAACUCCGGCCCAGCAGCCUAUAUACGCCCUAGAGGAUAUGCACGGGGAAUUCGACAUACCUGACGCAGAUGAAGGGCUGGCCAACUUAGCGAACGUCACCGUGUACUGGCCAAACGACCCUGGAACAGUAGGGUCCGCUCCCACAUCCAUGGCAACAAACACCCAGACGGCCCGAGGAAAUAUUUACAAGGCAUGCAGGUGCCCAGAACACCAGGAAAUAUACGACAACUGGCCUGCACGACACGCCGAUCUAACAAUCGCCCAUUGA